AUGCGCGCGCUGCCCAGCCCGGACGCGCCCCCGAUGGAGCGGCUGCUGCCCGGGCCCCCGGACGCGGCUCCGCCCGCACGCAGGAGCGCGGUGGAGAGGCUGGCGGCCGACCGCGCCAAGUACGUGCGGGCUCUGCCGGCGACGACGGCCCGGGGCCCGGCCUCCGAGGGCAGCAGCCCCGCGGUGGGGGGAGGACAGGCGGUCGACCCGCGGCCCCCGGCCCGCGCCCCCGGCGCCGUGGCGCGCAGGGCGAUAGCGCGGAAGCCGCUGCGGCCGGACUCGCUGGUCAUGUACCGGCAGAAGUGCGAGUUCGCGCGCGGGCCGGGCGCCGACGGCCUCCAGGGCGGCCUGGCGAAGAAGCUCCUCCCGGGGCCGCGUAAGGACAGGACGCCGACGCCCCCGGAGACGUCCCCGGCGGGAGAGAAGGGCAGGGCCGCGGGCGCGGAGGUGACGCCAACGAAGCCGGGCUCUGCCGCGGCCCCAGCACGUCCCACGCGACCCAGCGUCCAGACCGCACCUCCGGCGGCACUCCCGAUCUCCCCCGCGCGCCCCCGCGCCCCGGCCGCUCCCCUGAUGUCCCCUGCGCGCCCCAGUGUCCCAACCUCUCCCUCGACGGCGCGCCUCAGUGUCCCAGCUGCACCCUUGAUCUCCCCCGCACGCCCCAGCGUCCCGGCCGCUCCCCCAAUGUCCCCUGCGUGCCCCAUCAUCCUGGCUGCUCCCCCGACGGCGCGACCCAGCGUCCCGGCCGCUCCCCCGGCCGCACCCCUGACCUCCCCAGCGCGCCCCAGCGCCCCGGCCGCGUCGGGGACCCGCGAGGUACAGGCGGCCAGGCGCAGGGGUCUGCAGCGCUCGCAGUCAGACCUCAGCUCCCGCUACUCCAUGUCCGCUGCCGAGUUCGACACCUUCUUCCAGUUCUGCGGGCUGGAGCCCGAGGUGGUGGAGGCCCUCGGGCGGGAGAACUUCUCCGCGGGGUCGGACCAGGGCGCCCUCUGGGUCCGCAGCGUGAGCGUCGCCACCUCCGAGGGCGGCUUCUCGCGGCGCAGCUGCGGCGACGAGGGGCUGCAGGAGGAGGAGCUGACGGAGCAGGCGCCCAGCGGCCCCUCGGUCGUGGAGAGGAACGCGCGCAUCAUCAAGUGGCUGUACACCUGCAGGAAGGCCGCGGAGACGCCGGCGCCACGGCGGCAGGGCCCGC